ACACACAAACAAACACGGAGACGCGACGCGACGCGACGCCUCGCUCUCUUCCUCCUCCUCUUGUCUGAUCCGACGCCGUCGCCGGAGCAGCUGCGGGAGGGAUGGACGACGACGACAGCGGGAUCCAGGAGGAGCCUGCACCGCCCCCGCCACCCCCGCCUCCCCCGCCGCCGCCGCCGCCGCUGCGGAGGCUCCUGACGGCGACGCGGUCGGGUGGCUCGAGGUGGGUGGACGGCAGCGAGGUCGGCUCGUCCGAGUCCGCGCCGUGGUCGCUCGACGGUGACCGCUCCCUCCGCCUCUCCGUCGACUCCGCCGCCUCCGCCGGUGGCGCCAGCGGAGGCGGAGGCGGAGGCGGGCCGCUCUCGCGUGCGUCCUCCGGCGCGUUCCGGCGGCGCUUCGGGAAGCAGCCGAGGCGGGUCGACUCCCUCGACGUCGAGGCCAUGUCCGUCCGCGGCGCGCACGGCCACAGCAGCAAGGAGAUAUCAAUGCUGAGCACCGUGGCGAUGGCGUUCCAGACCCUCGGAGUCGUCUACGGCGACAUGGGCACGAGCCCUCUCUAUGUCUUCAGCGAUGUGUUCAGCAAGGUGCCCAUAAAGUCCGAGGUCGAGAUUCUUGGAGCGCUUUCUCUGGUCAUGUACACCAUCGCGUUGAUCCCUUUCGCAAAGUAUGUCUUUAUAGUUCUGAAAGCUAAUGACAACGGAGAAGGAGGCACUUUCGCGCUGUACUCACUGAUCUGCAGGUAUGCAAAAGUUAGUCUGCUUCCGAAUCAGCAACGUGUGGAUGAGGAUAUUUCUAGCUUUAGGCUUAAGUUGCCUACCCCUGAGCUUGAGCGAGCUCUAUCUGUCAAAGAAUCCCUUGAAAAGAAUCCAGUCUUCAAAAACAUUCUUUUGUUCUUGGUUCUGAUGGGAACUUCUAUGGUAAUCGGGGAUGGCAUUCUCACUCCAUCGAUGUCAGUUAUGUCUGCUGUCAGUGGUCUGCAAGGUCGAGUUCCUGGAUUUGGGACAGAUGCUGUUGUAAUCGUUUCGAUCCUGUUUCUUGUACUAUUGUUCAGCGUACAGAGGUUUGGAACUGGGAAAGUUGGUUUCAUGUUUGCUCCUAUUUUGGCACUGUGGUUUAUUAAUUUGGGAACCAUUGGAAUUUACAACUUGGCUAAAUAUGAUAUAUCUGUUGUGAGAGCAUUCAAUCCAGUGUAUAUCUAUUUAUUUUUCCAGACGAAUGGUAUAAAGGCAUGGUCAGCUCUUGGUGGUUGUGUCUUGUGCAUCACAGGAGCUGAAGCAAUGUUUGCAGAUCUGGGGCAUUUCUCUGUGAAAUCAAUACAGGUAGCAUUCACAGCUGUGGUAUUCCCUUGUUUGCUUAUCGCUUACAUGGGCCAAGCUGCAUAUUUGAUGAAAUAUCCAUUUGCUGUAGAAAGAAUAUUUUAUGAUUCUGUACCAGAAAUUCUUUUCUGGCCAGUAUUUGUGAUUGCUACACUUGCUGCUAUGAUUGCCAGCCAAGCUAUGAUAUCAGCAACUUUCUCUUGCAUAAAGCAGGCCAUGGCUCUUGGUUGCUUUCCUAGAAUUAAAAUAAUUCAUACAUCCAAGAAAGUCAUGGGCCAGAUUUACAUUCCUGUUAUGAAUUGGUUUCUCAUGGUCAUGUGCAUCAUCAUUGUUGCCACUUUCAGGAGUACCAACGACAUUGCCAAUGCUUAUGGUAUUGCUGAAGUUGGAGUUAUGAUGGUUAGCACUGCACUGGUUACGUUGGUGAUGCUUCUUAUAUGGCAAACCAAUUUGUUCCUCGUUAUGUGCUUCCCUGUUAUUUUUGGUUCUGUGGAGUUUGUUUACUUAACAGCCGUUCUGUCAAAGAUACAAGAAGGAGGAUGGUUACCUCUGGCUUUCUCAUCAUUGUUCCUCUGCAUAAUGUACACAUGGAACUACGGAAGUGUGUUGAAGUACCAGAGCGAGAUGCGUGGGAAGAUUUCCCUGGACUUUAUCCUUGACCUGGGAUCCACGCUUGGCACAGUAAGAGUUCCAGGGAUUGGUCUUGUGUACAAUGAGCUGGUCCAGGGAAUUCCGUCGAUCUUUGGCCAUCUUUUGGUCACACUCCCAGCAAUGCACUCUACGAUUGUCUUCGUUUGCAUAAAGUAUGUUCCUGUCCCAUAUGUCCCAUUUGAAGAAAGGUUCUUGUUCCGAAGGAUUGGCCAAAAGGACUACCAUAUGUUCCGUUGUGUUGCACGGUAUGGUUACAAGGAUGUCAGGAAAGAGGAACAUGGCUUCUUUGAGCAGCUUUUGGUUGAAACCCUGGAGAAAUUUUUGAGGAAGGAAUCCCAGGAAAUGGCACUUGAAGCAAGCGCAAUGGCAGUAGAGCGUGACGAUGUUUCUGUUGUAUCUGAUAUCCCUUCAUCUCCUGUUGAGGCUGGGGAUCUACAUGUUCCACUGCUUUCUGAUCAGAGGCUGGGUGAUGGCACCCAAACAUUCAUCACCGAAGGCAAUACACCUGUGCUUCCCACGAGUUCCAUCUCAGAAGAAGACCCCAGCUUGGAGUAUGAGCUGGAGUCACUGAGAGAAGCCAUAGCUUCUGGAUUCACAUACCUCUUGGCACACGGUGACGUGAGGGCGAGGAAGGAAUCGUUCUUCACGAAGAAGUUCAUCAUCAAUUACUUCUACGCGUUCCUCAGGAGGAAUUGCAGGGCUGGAACCGCAACCUUGAAGGUCCCUCACUCGAACAUUAUGCGUGUCGGGAUGACAUACAUGGUGUGAUUGGGGCUUUGCAAGAUUAUGUGUUAGUGCUGCAAGAUUGUUCCUUUUUUUUUCUUUCUUUCUUUUUUACCAUGUAUUGGAUGGAAUCGUACACCAGCUGCUAGUUUUAGGGGCUGUACUGCAGUGAUGAGCAAAAUCACUACUGCUGCUGGCCAACUGCUCAGCAUUUUAGUCCGCAGAAUUGGCCUUAUAUGUGCUCACUUUUCAGUGAAUUUGUGCCAAGUUGUUUAUGUGGUAUUCAUGGAGAUUGUAUUUGUAGCAAGAGCAAUGCAAUCUGAGUUGAUCUCUGCCACCCUGA